GUCGGAUCAUUAAUUUCUGACGUCAUAAUCAAUAACCAUGAAUGCAAAUUGAAAAUUCAACGAAACCCCGUUCUGAUCCACCUCGAAACCCUAACCUCCCAGCUCCUUCCUUGCUCCCCUUUCUCAUCCAUUUCCGCUCCUUCGGAUUUCUCACGUUUGCAUCAACUAGGAAGAUACAGUAGGGCUACCUAAUGAUAAGAACAACAACUUCUGCCUAAGUUGCCAUUGGCAUAUAUAUAUUUUCUCGAUCUAAUGGAAUCGGUCCCUGCUGAUGUAUCAAAUUUACCUCCUAGUAAAGACCCAUCUCCUUCACCUCCAGUCAAAGAGACCGAUGGACAAGCUUCUUCAGCUCCUGUAGCCUUUGGGCAAGAUAGUUCUGCACAUGUGGCACCAUCUAAGCCAUCCUCCACCGGGGCAUCAUCUUGGGCCAAAAACUUGAACAUUUCUCAGCCAUCUGGCUCACAAGAUGACCCAUCCACUGGAAAUGCUGGGAAAUCAACCUUUGCCCGCAUAACCAGUAAUUUGGGAUUGCGUUUGUCACCAAAGUCUCCUCCGGCAGAUGACAGUUCCAAUGAGACACCAGCACAAUCUAAUAUUUUUGGAAGUAUCACAAGAGGUUUGGUUGACACUUCUAAGAAUGCAGUGAAAGCUGUCCAGGUUAAGGCACGACAUGUCGUUUCUCAGAAUAAACGCAGAUAUCAGGAAGGAGGUUUUGAUUUAGAUAUGACAUAUAUCACAGAAAACAUCAUUGCUAUGGGGUUCCCUGCUGGUGACAUGAGCUCUGGGUUUUUCGGUUAUGUUGAAGGAUUUUACAGAAAUCAUAUGGAAGAAGUUAUUAAGUUUUUUGAGACUCACCAUAAGGAUAAAUACAAAGUAUACAAUCUUUGUUCUGAGCGGCUGUAUGAUGCAUCAUUGUUUGAGGGAAAGGUGGCUAGCUUUCCAUUUGAUGACCAUAAUUGCCCCCCACUUCAACUGGUUAUCUCAUUCUGUCAUAGUGCAUACUCGUGGUUGAAGUUAGAUAUUGAGAAUGUUGUGGUUGUCCACUGUAAGGCUGGAAUGGCAAGAACAGGGUUGAUGAUUUCCAGUCUUCUAUUAUUCUUAAAGUUCUUUCCAACUGCUGAGGAGUCAAUGGAUUACUAUAAUCAAAAACGAUGUGUUGAUGGAAAAGGACUUGUUCUGCCCAGUCAGAUUAGGUAUGUCAAAUAUUUUGAACGUGUCUUGACUUACUUCAAUGGCGAAAACCCACCUGCCCGUAGGUGCAUGCUUAGGGGAUUUCGGCUUCACAGGUGCCCUUACUGGAUCAGGCCCUCUAUAACUGUCUCAGACCAUAGUGGUGUGCUGUUCUCUACCAAAAAGCAUCCAAGGACCAAGGAUCUUUUGCCGGAAGAUUUCUGGUUCAGUGCUCCAAAGAAGGGAGUAAUGGUCUUUGCUUUGCCAGGAGAGCCUGGUCUUACAGAAUUGGCUGGGGACUUCAAAAUUCAUUUUCAUGAUCGCCAAGGAGACUUUUACUGUUGGUUGAACACAACUAUGACAGAAAAUAGAAAAGUAUUGAACACCAAUGAUCUUGAUGGCUUUGACAAGAGGAAAUUGCCUUCUCCAGGAUUCCUGGUUGAGGUUGUGCUGGUUGAUUAUAAUGGUAAUGUUGUGGCUUCCGAACCCGAGGCUACUGGAAAAAGAUCAGAUGAGAGUUCAAGUAAUAGUGCCACCCCAGUUGAAGCAAGCAUACCUGCGCAGAAUACAGACAAAGAGUCAGGGAGUCGAGAUAAAGAUGAUGUGUUUUCAGAUGGUGAGUCGGAGCAUUCUGCUUCUUCAAGAAGCAAGCAAGCAAAACCAGCUUCUGAACCAGUUAAAACGGUUAACAAGGCUACCAGUGGAUCUGAAACCAACAAAAUUUCAAAUCAAGUUGCAAAUCUAACAAAUGCAACAGAACAAGUUUCUUUGGGAAGUGCAAGCUCGAAACCAGUUCAUGCUGGUCAACCAAAAAGUGAUAAUGAAAGAACUGUGUCCGGUGUUGAGAUGGCCAGCUCAGAAAGUGAGUUUAAGGCCAUGGCUGCAGAUGCAUCUGUUUUUACAUUUGGAGAUGAUGAAGACUACGAAAGUGAUUAAAGUUCUAAAGAUUACCCUGGUUUCAUAUACUUUGACAUUUGUAUAUAAUAUUGUUUGCAACUCAGUCUGGUACAAUGUUCAUCUAUCAUUUGUUUGUUGGUUUGUUUGUUGUAAUGUUGAAUUUGGUUACAUUCAGUACAAAAGAUUAAAAAUAAGAGCUGCCGACUAACAUUAUUGGUUGGCUAUUCUUAAUUGUCUUUUU